CAAAUCAACAGCGCGAGAAACUUAAUUUUUGUUCGUUAUUUUUCGAAUGCUUAAAUAUUUUAAUAUUGUGCCGAAAUUAUAAUUAUAGUGAAUUACACGAAAUGAUUCUGUUCAAUUUUAUAUGUGUAUUACUUUUGAUGCCAUUUUCCCGAUCUGCGCCUUUUGAUCUAUCGGGAUAUUUCAACGACGAUGCUGAGGAAAAUAGUACCCAAAUCGUAGAAGUUAAUAACAUAAAUGGAACCAAAAAAGAUUUGUAUGUGAUUAAAACAAUAGUUUAUGAAGUAGCAGUUUUGGCUGACUCGGAUGAUGAUGACAACUCCACGGAAAGCGGGACUUACACCCAGGAGAAAGUAGACCUGACAUUUUACAACGCACGCGGAAAUGGCACGCACAUCGAUUUAGGCGACAUACCAAUCCCUGUCCAGGCCAACAUCAGCGGCCACGUGGUGACUGGAAUAGCUCCCGUGCACGCAGGGACGAUUCCCCAAGACCCCGAAACAUUGGCGCACUCCUUCCAGAAGGGCCAGGAGAAAGUAGACCUGACAUUUUACAACGCACGCGGAAAUGGCACGCACAUCGAUUUAGGCGACAUACCAAUCCCUGUCCAGGCCAACAUCAGCGGCCACGUGGUGACUGGAAUAGCUCCCGUGCACGCAGGGACGAUUCCCCAAGACCCCGAAACAUUGGCGGCACUCCUUCCAGAAGGGGCGAGCGUGACCCUAACUAGGGCUGAAGAGGUAAAAGAUGACCAAGAAUCGGAAGAAAAAAUGGAAGUAGAUGAUAAUACGGAAUCAUAUGAAAAUCUAAAUGAGACUAACGAAUCCAGUCAAAAUGACGAUGGCUCAGGAAAAAGUCAAAUCUUACAAUCCAACGAAGAUCUUUUAGACAAACUGCAAGUUAUACACGAUGCGACCGAUGGAUUGUGA